AUGGAAAUUGAGAAAAGAUCAGACAACCGUUCUUUUGAUUCUAUAUUGCCUAUACACAUUGAUAUUGAUCAGAUAAAUGAAGAAAAUAAAACUUGUAAAUAUAUAAGUGGGAAUAUUAACUAUGAAAUAUAUAAUAAAAAUACUAAUAAUAAAUUAAUAAAAAUUAUUGGUGGUGAUUAUAAUUAUGAAAUAAAAGGAGAUAAAAAAAUAAUUUUAGGAAAUGGAUCAAAAAGUUUAGUAGCUAGUACAUUAAUAGGCCCUACACAAAAUAAUUUAAUGUUUAGUAAAGAUAUUGAAUAUGCCCAAUUUAAUAUAAAAAUAAAAAAUAUUAAUGGAAAUAGAACUGAAAGGGAAAAAAUUUUUGAAGAAAUUAUUACCAAAAAUUUUGAGCAAAUACUAGACCACAGUUUAUAUAAAUUUCAACAAUUUUACUUCAAAGUUCAAAUUCUUCAUGAAUGUUCAUAUAUAUUAUCAAGUAUUAUUAAUUCCAUGAUUUUAAUUUGUAUAUAUAAUAAUAUAAGUUUAAAUUAUGUAAUUAACUCUAUUAAUAUAGGUAUUGUUGAUAAACAAAAAUAUCAAAAUUUUAUUGAUAAAAAAUAUUCUUCAUCAAAUUUUAUUUUUGAUAAGGAUAAUAAUAAUAAAGAAAAUAAAGACGAAUAUCAACAAAAUAAGGAUAAAUUAUUUUAUGAAUAUAAGAAUUCUAAAUAUAUACCUAAGGUUAUUUUAGAUCCAUUAAAUGAAGAAGUAGAAUUAUAUUGUAGUAGUGCGUUUUGUUUCAUCGUAGCUCCAGAAUUUCAUAAAGUUUUAUCAAAUAUUUUAAUAAAAAAUCAUUUAGGUAUUUCAAGAGAAUUAUUUUUGCUAUCAGAAUCUUAUGCUUGUCAAGUUUCUAAAUUCUUACAUCAAAAUAUUAAAAAAAAUUAUAAAUUGCAUUUAAACAAAAUGGAAACUUAUUUAAAUAAUAAUUAUUUUUUUUAG